AUGGGAUUUCGUCGCAGCGAGGAGAAAGUGGGACAUGAAACUGGUUGCACGGUUCGUCGCUACGAGUGUCAUUUGUGCAAGGAAUUCUCUACACUGGAUAAGAACGAUUUUACACGUCAUUUGCGCGUGCAUACCGGUGAGAGACCAUUCGAAUGCGCCCGAUGCUCAAAGAAAUUCAGUCACCCAACUGCUUUGAAAAACCACCGCAAAUCUCACACCAAUCCUCGUCCUCGUCCACUGAAAUUCAAGUGUUCAUCUUGCUUCAAGAACUUCGCCCAACAGAAGGAACAGGAAAAUCAUGAAGCCAACUGCAAGCGACACGGAUACCGAUGCCAUUUGUGCAAGACCUACACAACUGACCAAAAAGGAGAUUUAAUGAAGCACAUGCGAGUCCACACUGGCGAAAAGCCAUUCCGAUGUGAAAUAUGCUCGAAGGGCUUCUCGCGAAAGACACAUCUCAACCAACAUAAGAAGAUUCACAAGUUCCAAUCCAAGCACAAACCACAACGCGGAGCAUCGACUACACGUCAAACGUGUUCAUUGUGCGAUUAUGUCACUGACAUUAAAACCAAUUUGAAGAAUCACAUGUUCAAGCACACUGGUGAACGACCAUUUCCAUGCAACAUGUGCCCGAAACGAUUCAUCCAAAAACAACAUCUCCAAUCGCACCUGAAAACACACUUCGAUGAAUUUCUGAUCAGCUGCUCAAAUUAUUCGCAAGGAUUUCAUCGCAGCGAGGACAAGGUGGAACACGAAACUGGUUGCAAGUUACGUCGCUACGAGUGUCAUCUGUGUCAGGAAUUCU